AUGCGAGUUGACAAAACAACCAAAGAACAGGGCUCCCCAUUACAAUCUCUGUCGAGCUCUUUUUCCUUGCCAUUGGGAGCUGAUUUAUGCGGAAACAUGCCUUGCACUUGUACCUGGAGGAAUUGGAGACAGUGGAUUCGACCUUUAGCGGUUGUCAUCUACCUGGUGUCCAUAGUGGUUGCGGUUCCCCUAUGCGUGUGGGAAUUACAGAAGCUGGAGGUUGGAAUACACACAAAGGCUUGGUUUAUUGCUGGAAUUUUUUUGCUGUUGACUAUACCUAUAUCACUCUGGGUGAUAUUACAACAUUUAGUGCAUUAUACACAACCUGAAUUACAGAAACCAAUAAUAAGGAUUCUUUGGAUGGUACCCAUAUACAGUUUAAUAUUUCAAAGCUAUGAAAUAUCUUUGAAAUAUCCCAGCAUUGCAAUAUAUGUGGAUACCUGCAGAGAAUGUUAUGAAGCUUAUGUCAUUUACAACUUUAUGGGAUUCCUUACCAAUUAUCUAACUAACCGGUAUCCAAAUCUGGUAUUAAUUCUUGAAGCCAAAGAUCAGCAAAAACAUUUCCCUCCUUUGUGUUGUUGUCCACCAUGGACUAUGGGAGAGUAAGUAUGUUUGGUUUUAGUCUUUUUAUGUAUUUCAACAGAAUUUUUAAGCAUCAGUCAGAUCCGGCCCUGGACAAUGUUAAUGGCUCUAGUAAUCUGUGAGCUGCUUGGUAUAUAUGAUGAAGGAAACUUUAGCUUUUCAAAUGCUUGGACUUACUUGGUUAUAAUAAACAACAUGUCACAAUUGUUUGCCAUGUAUUGUCUGCUGCUAUUUUAUAAAGUACUGAAGGAAGAACUGAGUCCAAUUCAACCUGUUGGCAAAUUUCUUUGUGUAAAGCUGGUGGUUUUUGUUUCCUUUUGGCAAGCAGUAGUUAUUGCUUUGUUGGUUAAAGUUGGCGUUAUUUCUGAAAAGCAUACAUGGGAAUGGCAGACUGUAGAAGCUGUGGCUACAGGACUCCAGGACUUUAUCAUCUGUAUUGAGAUGUUCCUUGCUGCUAUUGCUCAUCACUACACUUUCUCAUAUAAACCCUAUGUCCAAGAAGCAGAAGAGGGCUCAUGCUUUGAUUCCUUUCUUGCCAUGUGGGAUGUUUCAGAUAUUAGGGAUGAUAUUUCUGAGCAAGUAAGGCAUGUUGGGAGGACAGUCAUGGGACAUCCUAGGAAGAAGUUUUUUCCUGAGGACCAAGAUCAAAAUGAACAUACAAGCUUGUUAUCGUCAUCAUCACAAGAUGCAAUUUCUGUUGCCUCUUCUGUACCACCUUCACCCAUGGGUCAUUACCAAGGGUUUGGACACACUGUGACUCCCCAGACUACGCCUACUAUGGCUAACAUACCUGAUGAAAUGUAUAAUGACACUACAGGAGAGAAAAAUGAACUUUCAGAUAAAUCUGUGGCCUCCUGAACAAGUGUGCAGAAGCAAACUAUGCUCCUUCUACCAUGUUAUUUCAUCACUUGGUAUCCCAUUGCUCAGG